AUGGUUCUCAGCGGACACUGCCUCUGCAAGGCCGUCACCUACAAGGCGGAUGUUGACGAACCCCUAAUCACCGGAUACGACCACUGCGACGAUUGCCAGCGCCAGAGUGGCUCUACCUACUCCCUCGUCGUCGUCGUCCCCAAGGACAAGCUCACCAUCAACGGCCCGACCAAGUCGUGGGCCGGCAAGGGCUCCUCGGGCAAGGCCGUGCACCGCAUCUUCUGCGGCGAGUGCGGCUCGCCUAUUGCCCACGACCCGGACGCCGCGCCCGAGGUCAUUGCCAUCAAGGGCGGCACUCUGGAUGCCGAGAUCAAGAAGACUCUCAAGCCUGACACCGAGAUCUGGACUGUUGGCAAGCUGCCCUUCUGCCAGGAGCAUCUCGCCAAGCCGUUUACUCACAUGCCUGAACCUGCUAAUGCCAUCAUCAGAGUAAUAGCAACCAUCCAACCAAGCUCUUUUGAAAGAUUGGCAACAGCGGCGGAAGAAGACGGUGUCCAUGUUGAGCUGGCCACUGCUUCCGUGCCGUUCGAGCCAGCAGAGCCCACCGUCGGAGACUGCGACGAUGUCUCCGGUCCAGGAGCGCCAGGGAGAGUCGGCGUGCCGACCCACCUCGGUCUGGUAGGGGGCCUUGUCGUUGGAGCCCAGCUGGCCGGCCCCCGCUGUGGCGGCGGGGCUCUCGGCUCGACCGCUGGCGGGACGACCGGGCAGCGUGGCCGCGAUGGAGCUGAAGAUGGCCUUGAAGAUGGUGGUGGGCGCAGGCGCGGCGGCCGGCGCGGUCAGGAAGCCGCACAGCACCGACGAGGCGGACGCGGCGACGGCCCGGUAGAAGGAGUGGUCGGCGUCGUCGAGCAGGCCGUGCAGGGACAGGCAGGCGCGGCAGGCGGUCCACUCGGCGAAGAAGGAGCCCCGGCAGAGGCACUGCGCGUGGGCGUCCAGGUGCAAGGGCGUCGUGCCGUUUGGGUAGCAGAGCGCCUCGGUCGUUUCGAUGGAGAUGCAGGGCGCGACCACGUCCCCCGUGUGGAGGAUCGGCGGCCUGCACACGGUGUCGAGGUAUGUCCGCUCCGGCAGGUGUGGAGGAGAAGCUUGGGGGUUGCUGACCUGUGCGGUGACGAGAGGGAUGGACUGGAGCAGGAGGCUGGCAAGCGUUGCUGA